AUGACUAUUUCUACGUGGCAGGAGAAAGCUUCCGCUAAGCGGACUGAAGCCGACGCCAAGAUCCCUUCCGAAUGGAGAUUGUCUGCAGAUAUUCUGGAGAAAGUCCAUGAUGAACGUGGAUCUGUUCUUGAUAUCCCAGCGAGCUGUGGUCUCCUAAGUGAAGCAGAGAUCCUCAUCACUGAGAUUGCCGAUGCCACCGCGCUUCGAGACAAGUUGGCCUCUCGUCAACUUAGCGCUAUUGAUGUCGCAACUGCAUUCUGCAAACGCGCUGCCAUUGCGCAGCAGAUCACAUCUUGCCUCACCGAGACCAUGUUUCCGCAAGCUCUUGCCAGAGCGAAGGAGCUUGAUGACUACUUCCAGACGCAUGGUAAACCAUUCGGCCCACUUCAUGGUGUUCCCAUCAGUCUAAAAGACUCAUUCAACGUGAAAGGCGUCCAAUCUUCACUCGGAUUCGUUUCCUUUUUGGAUAACCCACCCGCUACAGAGAAUUCCGUUUUGGUGGAUAUUCUUCUCAAGGCAGGAGCUGUGCUCUAUGUCAAGACCAACAUUCCUCAGACCAUGAUGACCGCUGACUCCGAGAACAACGUGUUCGGUCGUGUUUUGAAUCCCCACAGUGGUAGUCUGACUGCUGGAGGAAGCAGUGGUGGUGAAGGCGCAUUGGUGGCACUUCGAGGGUCUAUUUUGGGGAUUGGGACUGACAUUGCGGGGUCGAUUCGUAUCCCGUCUCUGUGUUGCGGGACUGUAGGGUUCAAACCGAGCGCCGGUCGUGUGCCAUAUGCUGGUCAAACUAGUCCCUCCCGACCUGGCUCUCCCGGAUUUCCAGCAGUCGCUGGGCCCCUUUGCCAAUCUGUCCGUGAUGCUGAGAUGCUUCUUCGUAUUGUUUUCGACGAGCCGAGCGAUGAUAUGGAUGAUAUGACCCUAGGAUUCCCUUGGAUGGAGCCUACUAAAUCGGACAGGCUCACAAUCGGUGUCUUACCAGAGGAUGCCCGAGUUCCACUUCAUCCAAACAUGCAGCGUACACUGAAAACUGCUGUCCAAAAGCUGGAAGAUGCGGGACAUAAGAUCGUCGAUCUGUCUGAUCAAGUUUCCUUCUUGGCAUCGGCAGCUCAGGUUGCAUUCCGUUUCUUCCUCCUGGAUCCGGACCAAACGGCUAUUCAGCAUAUCAGCAGAAGUGGUGAGCCAUUUAUUGAGUCUCUCAAUGUGACAUACAAGCUUGAUCAGCCAAAGGGCCCAGAGCCAACUCUUCGGGAAAUAUUUGAACUGAAUCAAGCCAAGCUGGAAAUUAUGGCCCAAAUGCGCCGAUUGUAUCUUAAUAACAAGCUCGAUGCUAUCAUCGGGCCUGGAUACCAGGGCACUGCAGUUCCCCAUGACACUUAUGGUCUUCCAGUUUACACUGUCAUCGCUAAUUUAGUUGACAGCCCUGCGUGCAUUAUCCCUUUCGGCAGGUCGAAUGAGGCUGCGGAUGCCGCGUUCAUUCGCGAUGUCGAAUAUGAACCUCCCUAUCUUCCCAAGGAAGUUGAAAAUAUGCCCUGUCACGUCCAGCUGGUCGGACGGCGACAAAAAGACGAAUCUCUCUUGCAUCAUGCAAAGAUCGUAGAAGCUAUAUUAGCGGAGUGA